UGUUCGGGGUGUGUCCCGUUCCGGCAGCAUAAACAGCGGCUCAGCGCUCUCUGCCACGCCGACUCGACGCCUCUCCGCCCCGGCUGCAGCUCGGAAGCGCUCCCCAUCGGCUCGCUCACACCCAGGCAGCACCCAUUCAUCCACCCAUCCGUCCGUCCAUCAACCUCCACAUUCAGGCAGGAUGGCAGCGCAGCACGCCGAGUUCCAGCGGGCCGGUCAGAACCCGGGUCUGCAGGUGUGGAGGGUGGAGAACUUCGACCUGGUGCCGGUUCCGGAGAACCUGUACGGCGGGUUCUACACCGGCGACGCCUACCUCAUCCUCAACACCAUCAAGCAGCGAUCCGGGAACCUGCAGUACGACCUCCACUUCUGGCUGGGUGAUUUCUGCAGCCAGGAUGAGAGCGGCGCGGCGGCCAUCUUUACUGUCCAGAUGGACGACUUCCUCGGGGGGAAACCCAUCCAGUACCGCGAGGUGCAGGGACACGAGUCCAAAACGUUUCUGGGCUACUUCAAAUCUGGAAUCAAGUACAUGAAAGGAGGCGUGGCUUCUGGGUUCAAACACGUCGUGACCAAUGAGGUGACGGUGCAGCGGGUGCUCCAGGUCAAAGGUCGGCGUGUCGUCCGGGCAACGGAGGUGCCAGUCAGCUGGGACAGCUUCAACCAGGGCGACUGCUUCAUCUUGGACCUGGGGGCUGAGAUCUACCAGUGGUGUGGCUCCCAGAGCAACCGCUUCGAGAAGCUCAAGGCUACGCAGGUGGCCAAGGGUAUCCGUGACAACGAGCGCAGCGGCAGGGCCCGGGUGUACGUCUGCGACGAGGGAGCGGAGAGGGAGAAGAUGACGGAGGUUCUGGGGCCCAAACCAGAUCUGCCUCCUGGGGCUUCGGAUGACGUCAAAGCUGAUGCCUCAAACAGGAAGCGGGCGAAACUGUACAAGGUUUCCAAUGCCAGCGGCGGCAUGACCGUUACUCUGGUGGCGGCGGAGAACCCGUUCGCUCAGAGCGCCCUGGAGUCCGGCGACUGCUUCAUCCUGGACCACGGCUCCGACGGCAAGAUCUUCAUCUGGAAAGGCAAAGACGCCAACAUGGACGAACGAAAGGCGGCGCUGAAGGCAGCCGACGAGUUCAUCAAGAAGAUGGGCUACCCCAAACACACGGAGGUCCAGAUCCUGCCGGAGUCGGGCGAGACACCGCUCUUCAAGCAGUUCUUCAAGAACUGGCGCGACAAAGACCAGACUGAGGGUCUGGGCGUCGCCUACAUCGCCAACAGCAUCGCCAAGAUCGAGAAGGUGGCGUUUGACGCCGCCAGCCUGCACGAGUCGUCGGCCAUGGCGGCGCAGCACGGCAUGGUGGACGACGGCAGCGGAGAGAAGCAGAUCUGGCGUAUUGAGGGAUCCGAUAAGGUGGCGGUGGAUCCGUCCACAUAUGGACAGUUCUUCGGAGGAGACAGCUACAUCAUCCUGUACAACUACCGCCAUGGAGGACGGCAGGGACACAUCAUCUACAUGUGGCAGGGAUCGGACUCCAGUCAGGAUGAAAUCGGCGCCUGUGCGAUCCUCGGCUCCCAGCUGGACGACGAGCUCGGCGGUGGUCCUGUCCAGGUUGUUGGUGCUCCUAUAACCACGCAGGUGAGGGUGGUCCAGGGCAAGGAGCCGGCCCACCUCAUGAGCCUGUUCGGCAGCCAGCCCAUGGUGGUCUACAGGGGCGGGACGUCCAGGGACGGAGGCCAGUCGGCUCCGGCAGAGACCCGGCUCUUCCAGGUGCGCUCCAACUCUGCGGGGCACACCAGAGCCGUGGAGCUCGACGCCGUGGCCUCCAACCUGAACUCCAAUGACGCUUUCGUUCUUGUGAGCCCCGACGGCGCCUCCCUGUGGGUGGGAGUGGGCGCCAGCGACACGGAGAAGCAGGGAGCUCAGCAGCUGUGCGGCAUCCUGGGAGUGUCGGCGUCCGACGAGCUUUCAGAGGGAGGAGAAACUGAUCAGUUCUGGGCCGCUCUGGGCGGGAAGGCAGAGUACCGCACCUCCACCAGACUCAAGGACAAGAUGGACGCUCACCCGCCGCGACUCUUUGCCUGCUCCAAUAAAACCGGGAACUUUAUCAUCGAGGAGGUUCCCGGGGAGAUGACCCAGGAUGACCUCGCCACUGAUGAUGUCAUGAUCCUCGACACCUGGGAGCAGGUGUUUGUUUGGAUCGGGAAUGAAGCUCAGGAGGAAGAAAAAACUGAAGCCAUGGCGUCUGCGGUGCGCUACAUCGAGACGGACCCGGCCAACAGAGACGCCCGGACCCCCAUCGUCAAGAUCAAGCAGGGCUUCGAGCCGCCCACGUUCACCGGCUGGUUCCUGGGCUGGGACCACGACUACUGGACCAGCGACCCGCUGGAGCGGGCCAUGGCAGAACUGGCUCUGUGAGCGAAUCGCCGCCAUCGUCACUCUUCCUCUUCAAGCAUCAUGCAACGAACGCCAGGAAAGGCUUUGUUUCUUAGCUUCCAGCUCAGUUUGUUUUAGUUUUUUAGCUUGUUUUUCUGCCAGUAGUGCCACAUCAGUGCCUUU